AUGAUUUCAUCUUGUAGCUUUAAAAAGCUAAGCGAAGAAAGCUUAACACGACCACCCGAAGAAGUAUUUGAUUUAUUGGAGAAAUUGGGCGAAGGAUCUUAUGGCACAGUCUAUAAAGCUGUUCAUAAAGAAACCGGACAACUUUUAGCAGUCAAAAAAGUACCUGUCGACUCCGAUUUGCAAGAUAUAAUUCGUGAGAUUAGCAUCAUGCAACAGUGUGACUGCUCAUUUGUUGUGAAAUACUUUGGUAGCUAUUUCGAAAAUUCUUAUCUAUGGAUCGUUAUGGAAUUCUGCGGUGGUGGCUCAGUUUUGGAUAUAAUGAGGCUAAGACAGAAAACGCUGGAAGAAUCGAAAAUUGCGACGAUUGUACGGUGUACUCUGAAAGGCUUAGAAUAUUUACAUAUAUUGAGAAAAAUUCAUAGGGAUGUGAAAGCUGGAAAUAUAUUGUUGGAUCUGGAAGGAAAUGCUAAAUUGGCUGAUUUUGGAGUCGCAGGACAACUAACGGAUACGAUGGCGAAAAGGAAUACUGUAAUUGGCACACCUUUCUGGAUGGCACCGGAAGUUAUUCAGGCUAUUGGCUAUGACUGUGCAGCUGACAUAUGGUCUUUAGGAAUAACUGCUAUUGAAAUGGCAGAAGGGAGACCUCCAUAUGCAGACAUUCAUCCAAUGCGGGCAAUAUUUAUGAUUCCAACUAAACCACCUCCGACUUUCCAAGAACCUGAUAAAUGGUCUACAGAUUUUAUCGAUUUUGUUUCAAAAUGUCUUGUUAAAGUACCUGAACAACGUCCUAGUGCGUCAGCGCUAUUACAGCAUAACUUCGUAAAAAACGCUAUGCCAGUUCACACAUUACAAGGAAUGAUAAAGGAAUCACAGGAAGCGCUACUAGCAAGGCCACCUGCAGAAUCUGACUCAGAUACUGAAGUAGUUAAUACUGAAGAGGAAGAUGAAAUACAGGAUGUUGGUACUAUGGUAAAGCGCCCCACAAGCACACAUAUUGCGCCUGAGGAUGAUAUUGACAGCGGUACUGGUACUAUGAUCUGUAAAAGUGAUACUAUGGUUACAAGAGAAUCUCCGUUAGUUGCUGAUGAUAGCGACAUGUCCACGCUAGUCAUUAGUAAUGCAAAUAGUAAAGAUUAUAAACCUGAUUUCAUGGAACACUUUGACAAGAUAAAUAAUAAUAAAUCGAAGGAAAAUUUGUAUGAACAAGUCGAUUCAUUUGAGAACUUCGGCUUCCUAAAACAAGCUAGCUAUCAAGAUCUUCAGGACAGACUUGCUAAUCUAGAUGUGUUCAUGGAGAAGGACUUAGAAGAAUUACGCAAACGCUACCAAACUAAAAGACAACCAAUAUUAGAAGCUAUAGAGGCUAAGAAAAGGCAGCAGAAGUUGCAAGAUCAUAAAAGAUAG